AUGGCAGACUCUGAUGAAGAUAUUGUCAAAUUUGUAGAUAGAUACCUUUCUUGUAAAGCUGAGAAAGAUGGUUUAUCUCAACUUGUUAAUCUGCAGAGCGGAGGUGCUGGUAUAGGUAAAAGUACUGUCACUAACAGUUUGUAUGAAGCUCUUAUAAGAUACUUAAAUUCUCGACCUCAGAAUGAUCCUGAUGAUGUCAGUGUUGUAAAAGUUGCCCCAACUGGCAAAGCUGCUUUUAACAUAAGAGGAAAUACCCUUCACUCCGCUUUCAAAAUUCCAGCGAACAGAGGAUUAUUAAUGCAAGUUAUCUUUAUUGACGAAAUAUCUAUGGUUGGCAGUGCUAUGUUUACUUUUGUUGACUUACGAUUGCAACAAAUCAUGGGGACAAAAGAACCAUUUGGCGGUCUUAGUAUAAUAGCCGUUGGCGACUUGUUUCAACUGAAACCUGUAUUUGAUAAUUGGAUAUUUGAGAAUUCAAAAGACGGUUAUGCUGCAUUAGCAACAAAUCUCUGGCAAAAAUACUUUCAAAUGUUUGAAUUAUCAGAAGUUAUGAGGCAAAGAGAAGACAAAGAGUUUGCUGAAAUCUUGAAUCGCAUCAGAGAAGGAAAUCAUACUGAAGCUGAUCUUAAAGUUUUAAAAGAAAGAGUUUUAAAUAAUUACCCAAUAUCGUCAACUCAUUUAUUUAGAAAGAAUCAAAAAGCAAAUCCCAAAGAUCCUUCGAAAACUAUGGGCCUGUACUCAGUGUGUUCAAUUCUUAAAGAAGCUAAGUAUGAUCUCACAACAAACGUAUCAGUUGUAGAUGGUAUGACUAAUGGUGCUGAAUGUAUCAUCAAGAAAAUCGAUUUCCGCGUGGAAGGUUCGUCCAGACCAAGUAUUAUCUGGGUUCUAUUUCAAGAACAAAAUAUUGGGAAUGAUUAUCGCAGAGAAUACUCUUAUCUUUACAAUCAGAGUAUAGAAAAAAUGUGGGUUUCAAUUCUUGAGAUAAAAAGACAGUUCACUAAAAAUAAAAUACAAGUUCUUCGCAGACAGUUUCCUUUACGACCAUCUGCAGCGAAGACUAUUCACCGUUGUCAAGGAGAUACAUUAGUUGACCAUUUGUUGACCUUCCAUCGUUAA